AUCACGUGACAAAUGUGCAACCGCCAUUUUGAGGUCUUGCAGCAUGUCGGAUUUUACCGCGGUUGCGCCGCCACAAUCAAAUAUUUCUAGUGGGUACGAUCCUAGUGCAGCGUUCGCGGAUGCUGUGCAAAGAGCGCGACAGAUCGCUGCAAAGAUUAACCCUCCAUCAAAUUCCGAAGCGGGCGCUAUACCUGGCGGUGGAACCAAGCGGCCUCUAGAGGAUAGCAUGGACAGGAAUGAUGGCUCACCAGACGCCAAGAAACUGGCCGCCGUGAAUGACCCCUUUGGAGCACAGCUAGCGGCACUGGCUCAACAGAGGGGUUCCCUAGCAAACGCUGCACCGGCUGUUGAAGAGUGGAGUGUACCUGACAAAAUGGUUGGACUAAUCAUUGGUCGGGGAGGCGAGCAGAUCAGCCGGCUGCAAGCGGAGUCUGGGUGCAAGAUCCAGAUGGCCCCCGAUUGUGGGGCUAUGUCAGAGCGACCCUGCACCCUGACUGGACCACGGCAUGCCAUUGAGAAGGCGAAAGAAAUGAUCAACCAAAUAAUAAGCCGUGGAGGGGAUCCAAGCCAGCUAAAUGAUGGCCACGUCGUAGUGGAACUCAUGGUGCCGGGGCCCCGGGUGGGCCUGGUCAUCGGCAAGGGCGGCGAGACCAUCCGGGGGCUGCAGGAGCGAGCCAAUGUGAAGAUGGUGAUGAUCCAAGAUGGCCCCCAGCAGUCUAUGAUGGACAAGCCCCUCCGCAUAACCGGCGAAAAGAGCAAAUGCGAGUACGCCAAGCGCCUUGUGCUGGACCUCAUCACAGAAAAGGAGCUGGAAAAUGUGCGCCGAGGCUAUGGUGGGGGAGGCCCUGGUGGACCCGGUGGUGGUGGUGGCGGCGGCGGAGGCGGCGGCGGCGGCGAAUAUGGUGGGCCCCCUGGAGGUGGUCCUGGCGGAGGAGGCCCUGGCGGUGCUUCCCAAGAAGUUCUGGUGCCCAAGCAGGCAGUAGGCGUGGUGAUUGGAAAGCAGGGGGACAUGAUCAAACGCAUCCAGCAGGAGACUGGGGCCCGUGUCCAGUUCCAGCAGCCACAAGAUGACAAUGCCCCUGACCGCGUCUGUCUGCUCACUGGCGGUCCUGACCAAGUGCACCACGCUGCCUCGUUCAUUGGCGAGCUCAUCCAGAGUGUCCUGAACCGCAGCGGAUUCGCUCCGCACAGACAAUUUGGAUUUCCGCCACCUUUCGCAAGAGACCAGCAAAACAUGGGCCGUGGAAGGGGUCGAGGUAGAGGGGGCUUUGAUGGUGGGUUUGGGCCACCAGGAGGUCCUGGCAUGGGUCGUGGCGGUCGGGGCCGUGGCCCUGGUGGAGACGACGUUCACGAGGUUCAGUACACUGUGCCUGCCAACAAGUGUGGCUUGGUCAUUGGUAAAGGUGGAGAGGCCAUCCGUCAGAUAAACCAGCAGUCUGGUGCCCAUGUGGAACUCUCAAGGGCGCCCCCACCAAACCCCGUGGAAAAAGUCUUCAUCAUUCGGGGAAAUCCUCAGCAGAUAGAGCAUGCUCAACAACUUAUCAAUGAGCGGAUAGGUGGGCCUCCUCCAGGAGCGGCCAAUGGACAGGGUCCCCCUAAUUACCCGACACAGUACCCACAGCCUUACCAACAGCCUCCGCCUCCCAACCAGCCAUAUGCACCGCAGGGCUGGGGAAAUGCUUAUCAGCACUGGCAGAACCAGAGUGCGCCACCAAAUGACCCCUCCAAAGCAGCCGCUGAUGCCAAUGCAGCGGCCUGGGCUGCAUAUUAUGCACAAUACUAUGGGCAGCAGGGUGGCCAGCCUCCACAGACACCCCAGCCUCCACAAGGAGGCACUGCUCCAGCAAUGCCGAAUCAAGCAGCCCCGCAGCAGCAGCCGCAGCAGCAGCCUCCACAAGCAGGGGCACCUGCAGGUGCACAACCUGACUACAGCCAAGCCUGGAUAGAGUACUACCGGUCCUUAGGGAUGUUCCGAGAAGCAGAGAUGAUUGAGCAGCAAACUCGGGGUAAUCAAACCCAGCAGAAGACUACUGAACCAUUGAAUAAGGGACAGACCGGUGCAUUCCCUCCGGGUAGCAGUGGUCCUGGGGCCCAGCAGCAGCCAGGCCAAGGUGCUGGUGCAGCACCAGGCCAGCCAGGGGCGGCAGGUGCCCCUCCACCGGCGCAGGGCUACCCCUACUCUGGGCAGCAGGGGCCCCCUGCAGGGGCUCCCCCUGCUGGUCAGCCCUCGUACGGGGCUCCCCCUGGUGGAGCUGCAGCUGCCACAGCACAAUACCCAGGUUACAGCUAUCCAGGCUAUGGGGGUGCUCCCCAGUAGUGGCCUUUCUGCCGGAUGAUUGAUUUUGAGCUGUCUGCCCUAGAAGUGUGCUACUACUACCCUCUUGCCUACUUGCCCUUGGUCCUCUUGAUGAUGAUGAUCUUGAUGGUCGGGAUGAUGCUUUGGGAAUGUUCACGCUCCGGGGCGGUGUGGCACAAUGCAGAGCAGGCCCCUGAGAGAGAAAAAUAACAUAAGAGAAAUCAUUGCUAUCAAGAAAUUGGCAUUGUGAAGUCCUCCUCUGCUGCUGGAUUGCGUUAUUGUGCUCUUCACCACACCCUUAGUGCACAGCUCCAAUGGCCUCGCUUGUUUUUAGUUCUCGCCAUCGUGGAAAAAAAAAGGAAUCGUAAGGUUUGGGCGUAAGAGAGCAGGCAGGCACGUAGCGGGCAACACAGCGGCAGACACAUUCCGACAUGUUGCUCUUGCAGGGCAAGUGAUUGUGGCUUCCUUCGACGGUGUCUCGGUGCGGACAAAGUAUGAUUGUGUAACACUGCAUGUGCGCAUUAAAUUCAACACAUCUGGCAUGUCAUUUUUUUUUUUAAUGCUCACACAAUUCUCCAAAAGCUUCAGUAACACUGCUUCUUCAGGCAACACAAUAGCUGAGCCAUCUUUUUUCUUUGUUCAUUACCUCUUCACACACUUUUAUUGUACAGUUCAUAGACUCUCUGCGCCAUCUCAUAUAAUUUUGCCACGCAACUAGAAUGGCCAUUGGGGUUUUCUGUUUCUCCCCUUCCGUAUGCUCCUGUUCCCAUUUUGUACUCUGUGGAAUAAACUUGUAUGUGAGAAGUGCUUUUUUUCUCUGUGCAGCAGUGUGUGUGCAUGUGUGUGAUGUUUUUGGGGCACGGGCACCAAAGUGGAAAUAAGGCAAUCACCUGACUGCUGAAAUGACUCUGUAGUACCUUAAGCACUGAAUAGGCAGGAUGUGUGAGCUGUGCAGCUUGAUUUCUGCCAGACAUUAAGAAAUAUGAGGCACUUGUAGUUGCGAUUUGAAGUAGAUAGGGAGUGAUAAGGCAUCCUGUAGUUAGUGGCGAUCUUCAGGUAUAUAUGGGUGUGGGUUCGUGUUUCCGGCUAAUGUCUAGGGUAAUGCUGCGUUGAGGACAGUUGGGGAGAUAUUGGUGAAUGAACUCCAUUGGAUGCGCAUUCUUCAUGGCAAGCACUUUGCUCUUCUCAUUCUGAUGCGGCUUGCAUUCACGUUUUCCCGUCUUUAUGUUCUAGGGGGUGCCAUUCACUCUUCUCCUUCGCAAGGAACCCUCGCAAAAUAGCACAAUCAGGUGAUACGUCCCCCUCCUGGGCCACUGCUCUGCCGUCUGUGACCAUAUUUUUUUUUUUUCACUUGCAUACCAUUGCUGCUAACGUGAUUGAUGCUCUUUGAUGCAACUGACUACCUUUUUGAAGUGCUCUUUAUAUUUUUAUCAUUCAAUGCAGCAAAUUAAAUAGUGCACUUAUAUUCAUGACCUUCAUGAACAUGAAAUUGCGUUGAGAGCUCUGACAUGAAUUCUUGGCCCUGUUAUGAAUGACGUGCAGUGCUUUAUUUGUUUUUGCCCAUUACAAUGCAGUGCAUUAGUUAGGGUACUGUGCUUAAGAGACGGUUGCAAUUUUUGCGUGGGUUCAGUGGAAUUCUUUGCCCCCUUUUCUUCGUGCUUUGCUACGUUGACGUCCUCUCUCUUAAAGGCAACCUUUUUUUACAAUUUGUCUGCAGCUUCCACUAUCUUUCGAAAACUGAUGUUAUUGGUAUAUACGUUCUUGCAAAGGGUAUUUGUUUUGUGGAUGGCAGUCCCAAAGUUAGCAUGUGUGUGCGAAACAUUUAAGGAAUAAUUAGGACCAAACUACUUUGGAGUAUGAGAUAUCACAGUGAAUGCAAUGAUUUUAAAGGCUACAGUACUUCAAGUGCAUGUUGUGACUCUGGUCAAUACCUUUAUGCUGUGCACUUCUAGUGACUUCUUGAACUAGACUGAAUGCUUACGCAGUUAUCAUAUUUAAACAAUUCCAUUGUACCAAGUGCCGUGCACACCAACGCUGAGCAGUUUCACUCUUAUUUUGAUCGGUAAUUGCGUGCAGUGAAGUUGAUAGCUGUUUUGAGUCAUUUAUACUCCGUUUCAUCAGUUGUAGGCAACGCUGUGGAAGCUGUGCGAGUGGGGUCCUUGCCUUGCGCACUUUGCCAGGCAAUUUCCUGACCGGCAACAUUUUGUACAGAAGGUCUACUUCAUAUAUCGCAGCUACAACUUGUGGGCGCAAGUUUACGUCAAAUUUGAGCUUCCAGUAUAGAUGACAUACUGUGAUGUGGUCGUCUGUGGGUGAUGCAGUGGCUGCUGGCUGCAAAAAUGUGACACCAAUAGAUUAACAUCAGAUACCUUUCAUUUAAUAAUUGCAGUAUGUUUUGACAUUAAAGUCUCACACUUAGCGUCUACCAAUUGCAAGAGGUCUUGCUAGCCUUCAUAGCGGUGCCUGAUAUCUAAAUGAAACGGAGUAUUUGUCACUUGCUCUCAAGUUGAAUAAUUACUCCAUUUCACAAAGGUGUUCUUCAGGUUACGUAUUUCAAAAUUGCAGAUCACAGUGAACACCUUUUUGUAAGUUUCUGGGUAAUUUAUGGCAGUUUGUGGCAAUAAUUGACUGAAGUGACCACCCUCAACCUGUUGUAGCCAUGUUAGUUGCAGGUAUAGUUGUGCAUUGUUGCCAUGGCAUGAACUUGAGGUCUCGCAAUAUGGAUGCUGCAAUUGAAAUUCCAAAGACAGUGACUUAAGCCAAAUCAAGCCAUGAUGCUUGUGCCCAUCAAAACAUAGUAAUAGUACUACAGUGAUGUAAUUCGCGCGUAUAGAUGCUAACGCAAACUGACAAACGAAGCAUUCAUUCCAACCAUACAAGUGACUUAUCUCCAUAGAAAUGAUAACCAGUUUGCAAAGAGCAGAGUACUUGGGACUUGACAAAAAUAGAGCACUAAGCUUCUGUUUGCGUGCUUGCACUGUUUUGUCUUGUAUGCGAUACACAUAGCCUGUUUCGUUGCUCGCCUCAUAACUAUUUGUGCUGCAUCUUGAUUAGAUCAAUUGCUAAUGCCAAGCUUGAAAGACGGUUGCUGUCGCAACUUUUCUCUGCAAAGGUAGCAAUAGAGUGAGCAUAUCUGCGUUCAUAAGUCGUCUGUGCCCACAUUAGUGCAUGAAAAUAUGCCCAGGUGUGGGACAACAAACAGCCAGAUUAAGCAGACACUGUUGGAUCAAAAUGUACUUGUUUGUUAGGGUGCCUCAGAGCUUCAUUGGAAUGCACGGUUGGCUACAAAAUGGUGCAGGAAUGCAUUUUUCUCACUUCUGCAUGCGUUGCUCUUGCACAGAUCGAUAAAAUACCAAACAUAUUUAUUUUAGUAAACUUGUAUGUGCAAAAUAUAGCGAACGUAUUGCUUUAUGUAAAUAUAUGCAAUGACACAUGCAAAGGUUAAAUAUAGGUUGGACAGUAGGCUACUAACCACUGUUGUACAGGUUUUCAAAAUUCUUAAGCCACCGAGACUGCCAGGAUUGUAUCGGCAGUGCAGCUCCAUUACCCUAACCUAACUAAAUGCUUCGAUAAGUUACAUUGAUUGGAGAACUUGUGGCAAAAGAUAGAAAAGAUAGUACAUGCUAACAGCUUGUGCAGUAUGUAAUGUAUCACGAAAGCUGAAUGGCUGGUGUAAUGCAAGAUUUGGUUGCUUUUGGCUCACAGGGUGGGUAUUUAAGGGUCCAGAGUAUAGUGUUCGCUGGUUUUAGUGAGCUUUGGCUUUUCUCCAUUCUAGGAUAUGCACUUGUAAUGUGCAGCCUGGCAAAGUGAAGUGCUGUACAGUUCUCAUCAAUAGGAAAGUGAACCAAAUUGCGCAAAGUGCUGGUCAUGUUUGCCAUUUUUAGGAGCCAUCCUUAGGAGGCAAGAUCUUGGGAGUUGGGUAAUGGGUUUUUUUUUUUUGCACUCGUCGACACAAAAGAAUGGCAUUCACCAAUUCUAGAACUUCAGUGCCUUUACAGCGUUUUCACACCAGGUAUGUCAUUUUUAUUUGUGUGCAGAGGAAUCGGCUAAUUCAUACGUUCUUACCAUCUGAUCGGAAUGUGUGUGAUGUUAUUUAAUGGCGUUUUUGCUAGUUACAUUAUUCGCUACGAAGGAUCUAUUCAAGCUUUGAGUGCUUGGCCUUUGCAUUUUGAGCAACAAUUGUCAAUGGCCGAUUUGUCUGGUUUUUGCAAAGUUUUUCCUGGGCAGGGCAGGGACUAAAUAUCCGUUUGUGUUGCGUUUGUAUGAUAACUGCCAGAUUUUAUUUGUCACCUGACAUGAUUCAUUUGCUUGAUCUGGUUUUUGGUUUGAUUCUUGCUGCGAGGGUUGAAUCUCGGAUUAAGAUGUUCCUUGUUGGUCAGCUCCAGUUGCUCAGCAGACAAGCUUAACUAGCUGCCUGUCGUUGAAAUGCUUUUUGCGUGGUUCCAGUGCCGUCGUUAUCUUCAUAUUUGCGUUAGCAUGUUUAAGUUUCCAGAACAGCAGCUGUGACAUUAACAGCUAUUAGUAUAGGGUUGGUGCUUGCUUCCAAAAGGGCCCCUAAACUACCUCCGAUAUUUGUAAACAUGCUGCGCAUUGAGUUCAGAAUGCUGUUAAGAUGAACGAUGCCAACCAAAAUCCCGUGCUCCUCGGGCCUUUACGGUGUCGCCAUCGCUCGUAACGUCACCAGGGUGCUUAAGGCGAUGUCGCCAGGAGCAGACACUGUUUAUUGGUUGAACCAAGAGCCUACAACUUCAGUUUAGUCUGCUAGUAGGUGAACGAGCUCCCUGUUUCUCUCGUGUGCGCACUUGCGAAUCGGUAACUGUGGCCCACAGCACGUGUCAAAUCUCUCGCUCCAAUGCAGUCGUAGUCAAUGUAGUAGCGAGAACAGAGUCCGAUGACUUGAAGGCAUCCGUCUGCGGUGCUUGGCUGCAAAAUCGCCGAAUGGAAAAAAAUGAAAUGACGUGACACUGGCUGCCUCAUGAGGAUGCCUUGUGGUAUGCUUGGCAUGCUACAGAGUGUAGAUAGCGGCACACUUCGCAGAAGCAUGGGCUGGCGUGGCAGCAGCAGCGGGUUGCCGAGAAGGUCAGAGUUGCGGUAACCGGAAGUGGACAGUUUAGAAAACAGGAUUAGCAGUGACUUACGUCACGUGUCAUUUGGAGGAGCACUCAGUGAAGCCGAGAUCAGCCGACAAACUGAGCGUAGCGGAGCGAAACGAGUGAAAGCUGCGUUUCGAUCAAGCGCGUAGCAGCUAUUACGGCACUGUUUCGAGAAAUUCUCCCGACUACAAGUUGGUUGUAGACUCGUGCACUGCUGCAACACCACAACUAAAUUUCAACCGGGUGGUUUAGGGGCCCUUUAAAUGUAUUACUGGGUUUUGGGAUUUAUAGAAGUUUUUUGGGAAAACAGCGAUCUCGUGCUUUUAUGCUAUUGCCGACUCGUGUCUUUAAAUGUGCUUUAUAGGUGGCAAGGAGCUUAACAGCCAAGAACAGAGUAAGGUGCACCUGUUACAUGAUCUCAUUGUUUCAUGUUUACUGAUUGUGAGCUAAUCUUAGGGAUUAGGCUGAGAUAUAUCUUGUGGUUUAGUUUGCUUCAUUUUGUUUGUCAAUGUUUUUCUGUGAACAUUUUCGUGUAGCAUAGUGUAAUGAUAGCCCUACUCCUGCGCUGAGCAUGGAUUUCUGCUUUUACUGUUUUCCAACUAGCUAAUAUGCAUUCACUGUGGAAGGCUAUUGCCUGCCUGGCAUUGGUGAGGGUUUCUGUAUUUGACCUUUUCAUCUGCACCUCUUGCUUUUCUGUUGGACUAACUUUUUCAAGCACAUCAAAUUGUGGAGCAGAGUUGUGGUCAACGCAAACAUGGACACAAUGAGGUGCAAGGAGGAAAUUUUUGAAAUGGCUGUCGGAACAAAACCAUGUUUGCUAGACUUGAAGCUGCUACAUUUUUGUGUGUUGCUUUGAGAUUGAACAAAAGUGGCUCUCGCUGCAAUGGUUUUACAGCCUGUACAGUUUUGUGCUUGAAAAGUUAGUGCUGUAGUAUGCUUCUCGAUUUGUUCAUUGUCUGCUCAGAUGUAACGUGGACACUUGAAUUUAUGUUGACGUUGCAGUUUCCAAAUUUUUUUAAUACUGAUAUUUCGUGUUAAUCGCAUCGCCUUGUUUUGGGACCAUAUUUUCUCAGCUAAAUGGGUUACCUGUAAAUAUCUCAAUAAGUACUUUGUUUGUAGUUGUAAAUUUACUGUGGAGAAUUUUUAAUUGUGGCUUGGAUUUAGUAUUGCUCAUUGCAUCAUUGGCUGGGAGUGAUUGCCUCUCAUUCUGCUUUUGGGGUGUAAUCAUUGGGUCACAAUUUGUGCCAGCAUGUGAUGCGUUCAUUGCAGCUGUGUUGCUUAACUGCCAUGCUGAUGCUCAUCAUGAAGGGACUCUGGGGGGAAUCUAUAGUAGUGCGACGUGGCGUGUUCAAGAUGACGCCAGAAUUUUUUGAAGACACGAAGAAAUAUUGAACACUGCAAUACACGGCUGAAGAUGGCCAACGGUGGGAUCACCUUGAAAGCCAUGAAGUGGGUGAUGGGUUACUAUGCGGCGGAUGUUUCUUCGAGUUCACCUCCCCACUGUGAGACAUACUUAAGCUAUUUCGUAAGUUAUUUCUUGCAAGCCAGUGGAUUCAAUUUCAACUUGUAUGUGCUUGAAAAUUUAUGUUGCAAGCCUGCAGCUUUUGUGGUGAUGCUUACACGGGCCAAGACAUCCCCAUGAUUUAUGUGGACCAGUGUAACAUGAAAGUCGGAAGCUAGGUUUUGCAGCUUUGCGUAAAUUUGUCAGCUUUUUAAUAUAUAAUUUCUAUUAGAACCCACCAAUGAAUUGAGCUAGUUUUUCAGGUUUAUGAUUGUAGAGUUUACUACUAAAAUUCCAGGAGGCAACUCUAGCAGUGAUGAUUCAGCUGCCAUGGGAAUGGCAGUACAUGGAUUAGGCCAAGCUGUAGUUUAUUUAGCUAUUCCUGACGUGGUGGCUUAGCGGCUGUGGUGCUGCGCUGCUGGGCACGAGGUCGCGCGUUCUGAUCCUGGCCGCAAUUAGGUGUGGGCGAAAUGUAAAAACGCCCGUGUGCUGUACUUGGGGGGAGGGGGGCACGUUAAAGAUCCCCAGGUGGUCGAAAUCUCCGGAGUCGGCCAUUACGCCGUUCGCCAUAAUCAAAUCGUGGUUUUGGCACGUAUGAAACUCCCGAAUAUAAUUUUUGACGAAAAAUGGAAUAAGCCGAUGCACAUGUAAAUUCAUUCAGAAUUGAUUAUAACAGUAUUUGUUUAACGGUGUUAAAUUUGCAGUCGUGCCGUAUGAAGCAAGAACAAAGGUUAGGCGAAUCCGUGUAACGACCAUUCCCGUGCUGGCUGAACCGCCAUGCUUGCAGUUCCCCAUAGACACUAGUGAGAGUGCCCCCUAAAAUGUUUUGUAGGAAAAAGUCUCUUAACGAUGGCCACGUAGUGCAAACAGCUGCAUGCUUGCUUUUAUUCGUUACCUAUAUAGCUUGAGGAUACAUUAUUGCUAGUAGGUUUUUAUGUAGGGUUGACUAGUGCUAGGAAAGCUUUAAGUGGGAAGUGGCGGUUUCGCUUGAUUUCUUGAGAACUGGGAUGCCAGCUAUUUUACUUUGUCGCCUUCUGUUAGUAAAUGUCAUUUGGUUUUGAGAUGCUAGGCUUUAUGUAGCCACAGACUAAAAACUGUUGGACCAGCUUAUGUGAAAUGCUCGGACUUCUCCGACUCUUCGUUAAUGCUAGUCCAAACUUGCAAAUGAGCCCAGUCGUGAAGUUGCGGAUUUCUGAUUGCUAGGAAUGCGAGAUAGGAUAAGUUUUGCACAUUCCUUAAAGGGCACCUUGCCAGGUACGGCCAUUUUCAACUUAUUAGCGAGCGCAGUGCAUACAAUGCUCGCUAAUGAUCGUGUCUGCUAAGAGAGCUCAGCGGGCCAGCGUAGACGCCAUUGCGCAUGUGCGGUACGCUUGAGCGGCGAGCGUUUCUACGGAGAGCGUAGCUAGCUUGCCGAUGUCCUCCCCUCCAGCGGAGCGCGCUCAGCGGACCAGCGUAUCGCGAAGCGAAUGGCGACCAUGCGCACGAACAGCGGUAUCUCGUCUGCGGCGCUGGCUCGCCUGCAGGCGAAAAACGGUCAGAUGUGUUUCAGCAACGAGGACGAUCAGAGACGAUUUGAGAUGGAUGGCUGCGGUGGGAAACCUGAAGGGGGAGCUUGGCCGCGAGCUGCCGCUUCGUAAUAUUAACUCCAACCCUUCUUUGUCAGUUGGCGCAAGCAACAAAGCGCUCGCCCGAGCGAGUGAUCGCAUAGCGAAAACUUCCUUUCGUACGGCGCUGAGCUGCCGUCUCCGCUGGUCCGUAAACACGCUGGGUUAUAGCUCUGUACUCAGCUCAGCGUAGAAGCCAGUGCGCAUGUGCGGUACCACAUACGCAGUGGCAUCUACGCGCGGGCCCGCUGGCUCGCCGAGCUAUAACUAUCUGCUGCAUGCUAGGCGCCGCGGAAAGGGCGACUUCCAAACCAAACGCAGUUUUUCCUCGCGGGCGCUGCGCUCCCAGCCAUAGAGUCCGCGUCAAUAUCGCAAGUGCGCCUACGUACAUGGCAGUGCUGUCACGUCACUCGUAGCGUAACGUGGCUGCGAGAAUUGCUGGGCAAGAUCAUUGCUGUAACCUGUAGCUUCAUUAGACGAAUUAAGGUCGAGACAAACAUGCGCAUGCAUUCGGAGAUGCACGACCAGUUCGUCUGCUUGCGUUUUCCCAGGCGACGUGCAGUCGCGCGCACAGAACGACUCUCUGCCGUGUUCUAGCGCCGCGAUCAUCCUCUUUCAUGAUGCUCUCAUAUCGUGCUCACACAUCCCUGACGUCAUGGGAUCCUCCGGUGUGGCAGGACGCUGGGAAGGAAUUUCGUUUGCGGAGGCGGGGCAAGGAGAGAGUGUGUCUGCGGUGAUGCGCGCGCCUCGUGAAAUUGUGGGUUCGCGCCACUUCAAAUAUUUCAAUAUAUGUUAAUAGUAAUGUACUUUUAAAAUUAUUGCGGCUUAGCUCUGACGUGACAGUUGCCGGCGUAUAACGAAAAUACGCUGUGGCCUGGUGAGGGGCCCUUUAAUUCUGGUGGAGUAAAAAGUUUGCCGUGAGCCGUGUGGUUGGCAGGGCUACGGCAGUGUUUCCUUCACGUGUGAGCCUUCUAGCCAGCCUAAAGCGCUGGUGCGUAAGGGGUUGAGACGUGUAAAAUAGCUCUGGUGUGGGUAGCGUUUUAUACGCUCACAUAGAGGAUGCCAGCUGUAGCUUAGUUUCCAUGUCUUGGUUGUGUAAUGUCGGGCAUGUCAUUUUGAGGAUGGUAUUUCAUAUGCCAGUGCCUUUGGUGAAGUGUGAGUGGGAGAAUUGGGAGCUUGGGUGGGAGGGGUGAGGGGUGUUUUUUGAGUAGCAGGAGAGCGCCAAGGUACCCGACUGCCAUCGUUUCGCCCCAUGUCACAUUUAUAGCAUUCGUGUCUGCCGUAGGUAGUGUGGCAGAGAAGUGCAGGUGGGAAUGGGCGAUGUUUUUAUCCCCGAAAGUACCAAAUGACAAUUACCGCGGCUUAUCAAAAAAUGACCUUCCCUCUAAUAUUUUAAGUGACUUGAUUUGCGUAGAUGGUUAUUUGCCAUUUAAUUUUUCCCCCAGCUAAUUGAAGGACCUUCCCUGUGUAUACACGUUAUUUCCUAGCUUUUUUCCUUUUUCUUUUGCAGCUGACGUAUUUUUGUUACUCGUGGCAGUGGCGUGGCAACGCCUAGCUACUAGCGCCACACGCGCACGCAGUUUUUCUUCGAAGGAAGCUUAUUUUGCUUUAAAUAUCACCCUGUUGGAAGGUCCGUUUGUGUGUUUUCCGUGUGACCAUUCUGGCAUUGAGGGCGCACCUUAUGCAUCCAUGUUUAUUUUGUGAAAGGAUUUAGGCACACGAGACUAAUCGGAGCCAGAAGUGACUCGACAGGAACGGGUUGGCUUUGCGUUUCGAGCACGUGGCAGUAAGUUGUCGAGCAGAAAGCUUUUAUUUAAAGGGUGGAAGUUUCCGUGAGGUACUGUGCAUAUGGGAUGGGCUCUGGAUGAGUGAUGUUUUGAUAUACCGAAUAAACGAGUUGAUCUGAUA